AUAAACUUAUUUUCAGUCUUGUUCAUUUACAAACUUUCCAUGCGAUAAAACAGUUAGAGAAUAGAGACCCGUGCAUUAUUGUAUAUACAUUAUGUUUGAGGUAUAAAUCAGCAUAUAACUAUAAAGAGCAUUGAACUCUGUUUAGGUCAUAAGGGGAAGUGAUAAUAAAGAUAAGGUACUCAAGGGUCUUUGUCACAGAUUACUUUUAACCUUUCUUCAAGAUAUAAAUGUAUAUGAAAGUACACUACAAAACGUUUUCAUACUUUCUUAUGUGAAUAAGGUAAAAUGUAUAAAAUGAAUACAUGUAUAAUAUCCUCAUUAAUUGUGUUAGCAAGUUUCGGAUGUACCACAAGUUUUGCAGAAGAGACCUGUAAUGGUGUUAACGAAUUAAAGCAAAUUAUGGAACGUAAACUGGAGGAAAUACAAACUGUCUGCGACAAUAGAUACAGGGAACUUGAACAAAAGCUGGAGGCGAAAGUUUCAAAACGUUCUGUGGCUGGUGGUGUCGCAUUCUCAGCACAACUGACGGCAAAACAGUCGCAUAUUUCCCUUGGCACUACUAUAAAAUUCGACAAACUUCAUGUGAACGAUGGGUCUGGUUAUAAUUCGCAAACAGGAAUUUUUACUGCACCAGAGACAGGCGUCUACAUGUUUUCAUACUUUCUGGGUCACGGUAAUGGACCUGCUCAAGCUUGGCUUGCACUAAUGCAUAAUGGUCAGAAAAUAAACGGUGCCGUCACUGACACAUUCCAUGUAAAUGAAGAUUUACAGGGAGGUAACCUAGCUGUCUUCCGUGUGGAUGCUGGAGACCGUGUCUGGAUAGAAUCAUGGCAUCAAAAUGAUGCAUACAUUGACGGUCCAUACGGAUUUACAACUUUUUCUGGUGUAUAUUUGUAUGGUUGAGAAUAAAGAAUAAAUUAGA